AUGCCAAUACAAGGCAUUGUCGACACCGAUUCCUGUCCUUGUAUUGUUUGUUUGCGUGUCUUUGUCUGGAAAGUCCUCAGUGGUCAAAGAGAGAUUAUUCUAUUGCACCCAUGCCUCAGAAAGAAGAAUGAUGCCCAAGUGGCCGCGCGGACCAAGUGUUUUGUUGGCAUGCUGUUGGUAUAA